UGCAAUCUGGCGCAGGUUCCGCCAAUCACGCCGUUACGGUACCUGGACCUUUUUUAUUUUUUGGCGGGACAAAAGGGACCCUUUCUCGCUACUACCGUGAUGAUCCCAGAUUCAUGAAUUAAAAACCCGACAUAAACUAGGGACACUCUCUCUGGACGAGCAUCUACCAUUCGUUAUCCAAUCCUUCUUCUGGGCGCAGUCGAGUCUGUGGACAUCACACUCCUUUGUCUCCCUAGUCCUCUCAACACACACACACCCUCUGUGCUAGUAACACGCUCUCACACGGAAUCGCCUCAUCAUCAUGGGUUUGCUCGCGACCGUCGCAGCGCCCCUUGAUCGCCUCCUCCAAGAUCUCCCUCUAUACCAGACCGUCCUCUUGGGCUUCGUAGCCCUCCUCCUCCUCUCAGUGGUCCUCAAUGUCACCCGACAACUCCUGUUCAAGGACAGAAAUGCACCCCCCGAGGUCUUCUCGUGGUUCCCGAUGAUCGGCAGCACAAUAUGGUACGGAAUGGACCCAUUCGACUUCUUCUUCACCUGUAAAGAGAAAUACGGCGACGUCUUCACCUUUGUCCUGUUGGGCCGAAAGGUCACAGUCUGUCUGGGCACAAAGGGCAACGAGUUCAUCUUGAACGGGAAGCUGAAAGAUGUCAACGCCGAGGAAAUCUACACCGGCUUGACCACACCAGUGUUUGGAGAAGGGGUGGUGUACGAUUGCGAAAAUGCCAAAUUGAUGGAACAGAAAAAGAUGGUCAAGUUCGGUCUCACCAUGGAUGCCUUCAAGUCCUACGUCGAUCUGAUCUCCUCGGAGACCAAGUCCUUUGUGGAAAACAACAAACUGUUCAAGGGCUCAAGAGGCAGUGUCGACAUCGUGCCCGCCAUGGCCGAACUGACCAUCUACACGGCGUCCCGAUCGCUGCAGGGCAAAGAAGUACGGGCAAAGUUCGACUCGACGUUUGCCGAUCUGUACCACGACCUGGACAUGGGAUUCGCGCCCAUCAACUUCAUGCUUCCCUGGGCUCCUCUCCCGCACAACCGCAAGCGAGACGUCGCCCAGCGCAAGAUGGCCGAGACCUACAUGGAGAUCAUCAAGGAGCGACGGGCCAAGGGUGGAAAGCGCGAAGGCGACGAGGAAGACAUGAUUUGGAACCUGAUGAAUUGUUCGUACAAGGACGGCACGCCGGUGCCCGACAAGGAGGUGGCGCACAUGAUGAUCGCCCUGCUCAUGGCCGGCCAACACUCGUCGUCCUCGACCUCGGCCUGGAUCUUGCUCCGCCUCGCCACCCGGCCGGACAUCCAGGAGGACCUGCUCGAAGAACAGAGGCGCGUGCUGGGCAAGGACCUCCCUCCCCUGACGUACGAGGGUCUCCAGAAGUUGACCUUCAACGCCAAGGUCGUCAAGGAGACGCUGCGCCUGCACGCCCCCAUCCACAGCAUCCUGCGCAAGGUCAAGUCCCCCAUGACCAUCGUGGCCGACGCGCCCACCGCGACCAAGACGUACAUGAUCCCCACGACGCACGCGCUCCUGUCGGCCCCGGGGGUCACCUCGAGAGAGUCGGCCUACUUCCCCGAGCCCUUGCUGUGGGAGCCUCACCGGUGGGACGAGGGUCACCCUCUCGCCUACACCCAGAUGGGCAUGGAGAAGGAAGAGUUUGAGGAUUACGGUUACGGCAUGAUCAGCAAGGGCGCCUCUUCCCCUUACUUGCCCUUCGGCGCCGGUCGACACCGCUGCAUCGGUGAACAGUUUGCCUAUGUCCAGCUGGGGACCGUCUUGGCCACCAUGGUCCGACACGUCAAGUUCAGACAGCCCGAGGGUAAGGAUCUGGUUCCCACGGAUUAUUCGAGUUUGUUUUCCAGACCAAUGGGUCCCGCCGUUGUCGGGUUUGAAAAGAGAUGACAUUAUUCAUCAACGACACUGGGUGAUUUGGUGGCUUGUACGCCUGUGUAUAGAACAAAACCAAGGAUAGCCCUGAUAAUAACGUACCUUGUCUCUGUCUACCAACCUCGAGUUGUAUAAAGCGUCCAAUUUUGAAACGGGAUGAGAGAAAGAUGGUGUCAGAGACAGAGACAAGACAGCGACGGAGCAGGGUCCGUACAUGGGGCUCAGGAGUGAAGCAAAGGCGCCUUUGGAGUUUGGGUGUCAGAAGACAGCUAGAGAGAGAGAGGCGUCUCCGGAUUAGGUUCAUGGUUGAUGGAUGAUAAUUAAAAAUUACAUACCACAAGGUGACUUGAUAGAAUAUACCUG